CCAGUCCUGCAGAGAGACUGAAAGAAGACAGGAAUUAUCUCGUCCCGAGGAAGAAGAGAAAGUUUCAGUGAUGUCUGUAAACCCGCAGCACCUGCACCUGGCUGAAGUCACCGCGGCGCACUUCAUCACCGUGUGGGAACACUUCGACCGCCACGGAAAUGGCUAUAUUGAAGGAAAGGAGCUGGAGAAUUUCUUCAGGGAGCUGGAGGCAGGACUCCGGGGAACCAACACGGAUUCCGCGAAUGGCACUUUAAAAGAGAAGACUCAAGAGCUGAUGAAGAAAUUUGAGAAAAAUGCUGACGCGAAGAUUGAGAUGUCAGAGCUGGCUCAGGUCCUUCCUACAGAGGAGAACUUCCUGCUGUGUUUCAGACAGUUCUUGGGAUCCAGCGCCGAGUUCAUGGCGGCAUGGAGGAAAUACGACACGGACCGCAGUGGAUUUAUCGAGUCCAACGAACUAAAGAAUUUCCUCUCUGACCUCCUGAAAAAAGCGAACAGACACUAUGAUGACAAAAAGAUGAAUGAGUACACACAGACUAUUCUGAAGAUGUUCGACCUGAACGGCGAUGGAAAACUGGGACUGUCCGAGAUGGCCAGGCUGCUUCCGGUACAAGAAAACUUCCUGCUGAAGUUCCAGAGCUUCAAACUAUCCUCUAAGGAGUUCGAUGACAUCUUCACUUUCUACGAUAAGGAUGGAAACGGUUACAUCGAUGAACAGGAGUUGGAUGCGCUGCUGAAGGAUCUAUACCAAAAGCACAAAAUGCAGGAGGCUGACGCAGAUAGCCUGGCCAGUUCGAAGAAGAGCAUCAUGGCGCUGUCUGAUGGAGGAAAGCUAUUCCGUGCCGAGCUGGAGAUCGUUCUGUGCAAGGAGCCCCCUGUCUGAUCGCCGACCUUUGACCCGGUCAUCCCAUCCCUCUCGGUCCAGAUGCAUGUGCUUGUUCCCUCACCGAUCGAAUCCAAACCAAAUGUAUUUAACGUUACAGUGAGCUCCGUGGCUCUCAUCUCGUUCUCUUUCCACUCUGAAAUACCCGUGAGGUGAACGCCCUUGUUCCUGUGCCGUGUUCGCUAUAAAUAAAUAAAUAAAUAAAUAAAUAUCUGAGGAUGGA